ACGAGAUUCGAAAAGGUAGGGGACACAACUGCAUUACACUUCCUUGUUAGUGUGUUUAUUUUUAAAGGCAUAUAGGAGGACUCUCAUUGAGCUGGUGACAUUUUCGUUGUCGGGUUACCUUUUUCUAUCAAACGCAAGUAAAUGUAGAGUGUAAGAACCAAUUCAAAAUGAUUCAUUUGGCCAGAGUUUUCUGCAUAUUUUCAGCUCUUGUUGUGCAAAUAGUUCGUACCACUCAAGGACCCAUUGAUCUGGUCUUUGUCCUAGAUGGAUCUUCGGACAUUGGAGACUUUAAUUUUAAACUUUCUAUACAAGCUGCCUCAGGAUAUUUGGAAGAUGCCAACAUUGGACCGAACAGAACUCGUGUAGGUGUAGUAGUCUACAGUACAGAGGUGGGGGAUUAUGUGCCGCUGAUGUCAAAUAUACCCAUCUUGAAAUCCAGUAUUAUGAACUUCACGUAUCCAGCAAUGACCAGGGCUACUGAUGUCGGAAUUAGAAAAGCCGUGGACAUCUUGACCAAGGAAAAACGAAAUGUUUCCCGGGUGAUGGUGAUUGUCUUAUCUGGGAAGUCGGACAACAGAACUAAAACGAAGCUGGAAUCAGAACUUGCACAAGCCAAAGGUAUAGACAUUUGGGGUCUAGGUAUUUUCCCCUACUUAAGCAUGACUGAGUUGGUAGACUUAACAACUAAUGGAGCGAAGCAGGCUUUUGAAAUAGAAAAUAUUAGAGACUUCUUUGGAGCCUUUUCCAGUUUACCAGCAGGAGAAAUCAACAGCAUCUAUACAUAUCGUGAACCAGUGGAUCUCGUGUUUGCUAUUGAUGUGUCCUUCGAAAUUGGAGAAGAAAAUUUCAAACUCAUUCAGAGCAAUGUUUUGAAAUGUCUUGGUUUGCUCUUUAUUGGCCCAUUGGACACACAUGUUGGUGUAGUGCUAUCCACAUCUGUGUCUCCACCUUCAAUCCAGCUUCAGUCAGACUACGAAACUAUUUAUUCCAGUGUAUCAAGUAUCAAGUUUUCUGACAGGGUCGUGACCACUGACAAAGUUCUAGGUACUGCUGUGAACAGUUUGCUUGCCACCCAGAGGAAAUUGUUCAAAGCUGUAAUUCUCAUAACCGACGGACACUACAUCAACAAGUACAGAAAUGAAACGCACGAUGAAGCUAUAAGAGCGAAAAACAAUAACAUCACCCUGUGGGGAGUUGGCAUUGAUUGCACCUUUCCUCUCACCGAGGACUUGUGUCGUAUCUCUGAGGCGUUCUACCUGAAAGAUUUGUUGACAAACAUACAGACUCUGGAGUACAGCGACACAGUGACACCAAAUGUCUGUAGUGAUGUCAAGUUCCGGGACUUUUUUAAAGUACAGACUACCCACAACGUAGAUCUGGUUCCAAAUACGAGUUUCAUAUCCAGGGGCCUCUUGGACUGCGCAAAGGGUUGCCUUUCCCUGGAUUCGUCAUGCUACUCAUAUAGUCAACGAGAUCAAUCCUGUGCAAUAGGCACUUGCUACUACUCAGACUCUGUCAGCGAGACCAGCCCUGACAUGUAUAUUGCGUGUGAUACAAGAAACGGCUUUCAACUGAAGAAUUACGGACAGGUCAAUGCGUGUGUAUGGAUGUCUACUAGCAAGUCGACCUACUUUAACGCCAGAAACGACUGUAAAGCCAAAAACUCUCAUCUCUACACAAUGAAAAACCCAAUGAAACGAAAGCUACUGGGCGACCACUACGGAGAUCAAAUGUUCUGGAUUGGCUUGAAUGAUAUUGACGUCGAAGGCACUUGGAGAUGGGAGGACGACAAUUCCGCCUGUGACCAGACUUGGAAAUUACAACUCUUUUCACCUGGUGAAGGCGCCAACGGAACUAGAACUGAAAACUGUGCUUUAUUUAAUUACUAUAAAAAUUUUCUCGCAGUUGAUGGAAACUGUAACUCGGUAUUUCUAUAUCUAUGUGAAAAAUAUUUUUUCAGUUUUUAAACCAAUACAAACAUUCAAGCA